AAUGCUUACCAUUUCAAAUUAUUAUAGGCGGAAAAACUACGGCUGAGCAAAAAGCUAGCCCCUUGAUUAAUCGGGUAAAGCUUUUCUUAACUAGGCUAGUGUAACACGCUAAUCUCGACCAUUGGAUCCACAUGGCGAUACUCCAUACAUACUGUUCGUUGGAAAGCUAUGGAAACUUUAAUACUUGGGCCAUGGCCAACAUUAAUAACAAGACGACAUAUUUUUGUUGUUUUAUUAUCCGUGUAAACCAUAUAAUAGUCGUAAAAUGUAUACAAUAAAAAAAAAUAUUUUGCGUAAUAUAAGAGAUAAGGGAUUUUGGUAAAGGCACCAUGAAAAUCGAUUAUAUAUAUCGGAGACGUGCACAACGCAAGCAAAUCAACCGACGCAAAUAUACAUACUUAUAUAACUCCUGUUCUUCUUCAAAAUCGUGAGAUCAAACCAGCUCCUGCAUCUUUUCAAUAAUCAUCCAACUAUAGUUAAGGGAUAAAUAUGAAGAAGAUGGUGGUGGUGAAGAUGAUCAUGAUGGUAACGGUGAUGGUGAGUGAAGCGAGUAUGAUAGAGCAGACAUGCAAAGAGACACCAGAUUUCAAUCUCUGCGUCUCUCUCCUCGACUCCGACCCACGUGGCUCCUCUGCCGACACCUCUGGCCUCGCUCUUAUCCUCGUCGAUAAAAUCAAGGGGUUGGCGACGAAGACCUUGAAAGAAAUCAACAGUCUAUAUAAAAAGAGACCGGAACUGAAACAGGCUUUAGACGAAUGUAGUCGAAGAUACAAAACGAUCUUAAAGGCUGAUGUUCCCGAAGCCAUUGAAGCUAUAUCUAAAGGCGUUCCGAAGUUCGGUGAAGACGGUGUGAUCGAUGCUGGUGUGGAAGCUGCUGUAUGUGAAGGAGAAUUUAAAGGGAAAUCUCCGUUGACUAGUUUGACCAAAUCAAUGCAAAAAGUCUCUAAUGUGACUAGAGCCAUUGUGAGAAUGUUGCUUUGAUUUUAUCUUUUAUGUUCGUUCAUACAAGCAUGUGGUAUGGGUGUUUGAUGGGAUCUUAUCCAAGUUUUAUUGUUACUGUUAGACUA